UAAAUGCCAAUAUUGGUUGCACACAUUGUACUGGCUAAACACACCAGAGUUGAGAGAAGAACUGAAGAAACUACAAGUUGCUGUGUGCUCAACUGUUAAAGACAACUGCAAUCUCCAAGAUGAAGACUUUCAGCUUUGCUAUCGCAGUCGUCAUUGCUCUUGCCUUCAUUUUAAUACAGGAGAGCAAUGCUGAGCUUAAUGAACAGGACGAUAUGAGUCAAGCAAGAAGCGAAGCUGAUUUCGAACAUUUUGACAUCCCAGCAGACAACUCGAAGGUAGCCCCUAACCUCAAACAGAAACGUGAUGCUAGAGCAUGCCGCUAUUGCUGUAACUGCUGUUCUCGCGGGCCAGAGUGGUGUGGGCUCUGCUGCGACUGGUGAUUCCUGGAAUCAUAAAUCUGUACAAUCCCAAUAAACAUGGAUAUACACAGCA